UAGAUCGCAUGCUUUGAGUGCUACGGAACAACACGUAUACCUAUAAGAAGACGAGAACAAAAGCGACUAGCUCGGAGAGACACGAAAGUCUUCCGGAGAUUGAAAUAUUUUAAUAUCUCCUCCAAUGUCUUCGGAGGGCAAGUGCGCCGUUUGCUUCAUCGAAGCGGCGCAGCAGUGCGCCGGGUGCAAGGCGGUCUACUAUUGCGGCCGCGAACACCAAAAACAGCACUGGGGCCGCCACCGAUUCGAAUGUCGGCCGGUCAAAGUAGCCGAGGACUCUGUCCAGGGUCGCUACCUAGUCGCGACUAAGAACAUAUCCCAGGGCGACCUCAUCUUCACCGACUCGCCCUUGCUCAUCGGCCCGAAAAUGGUCUGCACUUCGCCCGUGUGCCUCGGCUGCCAUCAACUGGCAGCCGUCGACUGCCCCUGUCCAGGGUGCGGAUGGCCGUUGUGCAGCCUGAACUGCGCCUCUGCCCAUCAGCACAAGGCCGAGUGCCGAGUGAUGCAGGAAAAGGGAUACCGAGCCAAAAUCGCAGGCACCCCGCCAAUCACCGAGUACGCCUGCAUCGUGCCUCUGCGGUACCUCCUGAUGCCCGAGGAGAAGAAGAAAAUCGUCCAGAGUCUGCAGUCCCAUCUGGACUUCCGCAGGAAGACUCCUUUGUACGCAGUCCUGCGAAACAACGUGGUCGGAUUCCUGACGCAAGCCCUCAAGUUGGAAGCGACGGAGGAUGACGUCCUGGGUGUUUGCGGCGUGAUGGACACGAACGCCUUCGAGAUCAGACGGGACGGCGGCGUCAAACUCCGCGGUCUGUACCCGCUGGCGUCCAUGAUGAACCACGACUGUGUGCCCAACACGCGCCAUGUGUUUGACUCGGAAGACAAGAUGCUUGUAUUCGCCACCGUGGACAUCGCCAAGGGCGCCGCCGUCACGUCGACGUACACCCAGGCCCUGUGGGCGACGCACCAACGCCGCGCCCAUUUGAAGACGACCAAGUGCUUCGAGUGCCAAUGCCUACGGUGCUCCGACCCCAGCGAACUGGGCACCUACCUAGGCGCGAUUCUCUGCUCCAAGUGCAACGGCCAGGGCAAGGUUGUGUCGACGGCGCCGCUCGACGAUACGGCGCCCUGGAAGUGCUACAACUGUGAGGCGCAGAUGACCGCCAAGCAGGUCACGUGGGGCAACCAGGCGCUGCAGAAGGAGUUGGAGGCCAUGGACAAAACCGGACCGCAGCAGCUCGAGGCCUUUUUGGAGCGGUACAAGGCCAUCUUGCAUCAGACCAACAGCCAUGCCCUCCAGGCCAAGUUGGCGCUAACACAGAUUUACGGAAACACUCCCGGAUACUUGUUGCAGGAUUUGAACGAUCUGCAAGUGGAGAGAAAGUUGCAAUUGACACAUGACCUCCUAGACGUGGCAUCAGUUCUUGAACCGGGCAGAUCGCGGAUCAGAGCCCAGCUGCAACUGGAGCUCCAAGCGGCGAUGGCCCUUCAAGCUAAGCUGGAUUUUGAAACGGAAAGGAUAACGCGCGAAAGGGCAGAAGAAAUUUUAGGCGAUGCAGUUGGGCUUUUGAAAGAGGCUACCGAAGUUUUGAAAACGGAGCCCGAUAUGGAAGGCAAGCUGCAGGAAAAACUAAUGAUUUUGAUGCAACAACUCGAAUUGGACGGCGGAGUAGAUAAUGGUGGCGAAAACGAAGCUAUCCCUGAAGGUCCCAACGACGAGCAUGCGGCCGUGCAACAAGCCAUCGAUAACAGUAAUGAGGAACCAGUGAUCGUUAAACCAAGAGCACCUCUUAGACGCUGAUUGUAAAAAAAAAAAACACGUAAAA